CGCGGCAGAAGAGGGAGGGAUAAGGUUAUCGUAUUUCCUGUCAACACGUCAGAACACUGGGUAAACGACGGCACACAUUUAAAGUGAACCUCACUACCCAUCACGACGGAGUGAUAAUGUGGACAGUUAUUGUUAGCAUAACCGCUUUCGCAUUUGGUUUUUCGUAAACUCACACCUGGCUGUAAUUUGGUUGGUUUACGUACAAUGAUUCCGAAACAGAUCACCGCGUCUAACCCAGAAAGUAAUGAAAUAGAAAAGCUGAAAGCUGUUGUUGAAAGAACAGUGGAGACAUUUUCCACCGGUAAAGACAAGCAAGAUGUGGAUAGAGCUAGUUCCUCUUUUAUGAUUGAUGAUAUUUUAGGGAUUAAAAAGACCAAAUCAUAUUCCUCUAAACUUUCUGAUAACGCCAACUUAACAAAAGGCUGCCGCUUGGUGUCUUCCACUUCAGAAUUUCAAGACAUUUACCCUCAUCAUAAAGAUGAGCAGCCUGUCCUCUCUUAUAAUCAGCUAUCAGUCAGACCACCUAUAAAGCCUACUCCUAUGCUUCUUUCACCAUUGCAAGUUAUGAGGUUUGGCUUUUAUUCGCCUACUGACAUGUCACCUUCUCCUUCAUGCUCCAGCCACAGUCAGAAUGUUUUUACAUUCCCCGGAAAUGAACUCGGGGACCACACGGACGCUUUUAGCAUAAGGAAUGAGCAACUGCUUCGCUCAAGCAUGUUCCGUCCACCAAAUCUUUUAGAGUUCCCGAAUCACGCUCCAAAAUCAUCAAAUGCUUGCAUUUCCCAAGCGUCAAUUGUAACAUUGUCUGUUCCUAAUGUAGAUUGUUCGAGUAACAGACCGAUUAUUUGGAAACAUGUUCUGCACAGGAAUACACCAAAAAGAAAAGGUGGGCAAAUUCGUUUUACGAACGAUCAAACAGGUAAACUGGAGAAAACAUUUACAGAUCAAAAGUAUCUAUCUCCAACAGAAAGGAAAAGACUGGCAUCUGCUUUGCGAUUAACGGAGCGACAGGUUAAAACAUGGUUUCAAAAUAGGAGAGCGAAAUGGCGCAGGCUUAAACAGGAAAAUUCUAGUCAUCUAGCAAGCACAAAUCCAGAUGAAGUCCUCGGAGUUCAUCAGUCCAUGCGGCCAAACAUCAGGAAAUUUUCGGGCAAAGAUGAAUGUAUUUCUUCUAGUCAUUGAUACAAAUAAAUAUCAAAAUUUGCUUGCAAAUUGAUUUUGCAAAUCGUUUUAGUAUUUUAAACUUUUUAAAUUGUAUAUUUGAUUAUAUUUGCAAUAUAUAUUAUAUUUGUUUAAAAUUCUAAUGAGUCACUAAUGUGAUAAAUAAAGUAAUUUUAUACUAACUGUUAU